GAGCGAUGGCACGGCCGUGGCCUGCGGCUCGGGCGAGGUCGGCUGGGGCGAGCUCCCGGCGCUGGGCGCGGGCCAGACCUACGUCCAAGCUGCCGCUGGAGAUGCCCACACCGUCCUGCUCAGGAGCGACGGCACGGCCGUGGCCUGCGGCUACAACUGGGCCGGCCAGUGCGAUCUUCCUGCGCUCGGCGUGGGUCAGAGCUACAUUCAAGCUGCCGCUGGAGAUGCCCACAGUGUCCUGCUCAGGAGCGACGGCACGGCCGUCGCCUGCGGCUACAAGGGUGACAGCCGGUGUGCCCUCCCAGCCUUGGGCGCAGGCCAGGCCUACAUCGAAGUGGCCGCCGGAGCCGCCCACACCGUCCUGCUCAGGAGCGACGGCGCUGCCGUGGCCUGCGGCCAGAAUGGCGCUGGCGAGUGCAGCAGCCCAGCUUUGGGCGCAGGACGGAGCUACACCCGAGUUUCCGCUGGAUUCUGCCACACCGUGCUGCUCAGGAGCGACGGCACGGCCGUGGCCUGCGGCUGCAGAAAUGACGGCCGGUGCGAGAUCCCAGCUUUGGGCGCAGGUCUGAGCUACACCCAGGUGGCCGCCGGAAGUGCGACCUUCCGGUGCUGGACGCCGGCCUGGCGUACACGGCUCACAUUUUGCCAACGCUGCUCUUCCAGGUGUCCCUGGACGGCGACGCGCUGCGCUUCGUGA